AUGCGAAGAAAGAAAAUCAAACCACUGGCUUACAUGGCGCUAGGCUGUGUGUGUUUUUAUUUCUUUAUCCGCCACUCGGGCUGGUCAGAGGACGGGGCGGUGGGGGAGAAAGCUGAAUACCUGAGCAACAAGAGGAGAGGGGACCAGCAACGUGGGGGUGGGGACCAGCAACCUGGGGACGGGCAGAUCAAUCCCAACACCAGCCUGCUGCUCAACCCUUACGUCGCUGAUAGCGCUUUAGCCAGGGGAGGCUAUCCGAUUAAAGAAAUACACGGCAGGGAGGUAGCGAAGGGAAGCUACUCCGGUGGGAAAUUUCCGAAGUUUUUCGAAUAUGGCUUGAAAUGGAGCCCGGGCGAACGCGGCAGGCCGUUUGCCUUCAGAGGCGGCGCCCUCAAGGGCUACCAGAAACAAAUGCGUCGGACAGAUUUCACCAGCUUUAACUACGACGUGUGGGUCAGUAACGAGAUAGCCGUGCACAGGACCCUGAAGGACAUCCGGUCUGAGAGGUGCCAGGAUGUGACGUACAAGCACCUGCCGUCAGCCUCUGUCAUCAUCGUCUUUCAUAACGAGGCUUGGACGGUCCUGUUGAGGACCAUCUAUAGCGUCAUAGACAGGACACCAGAGGACUUGUUGGUGGAGAUUAUACUGGUCGAUGAUAUGUCCACUAUGGUUGACCUAAAGGUUCCAUUGGAGAAGUAUGUCCAGAAACUGGACACGGUCCGUCUGAUCAGAACGUCCGGUCGACUGGGUGUGGCACAGGCUAAAAAUCUCGGUGCCCUGUACGCCACAGGGGAUGUUCUGAUAUUCUUGGACUCUCACGUCGAAUGUUUCCCGGGCUGGUACGAACCACUAGUUGCCCCCAUACACGACAACGAUAAAAUCCUCACAGUCCCCACCAUUGAUGUCAUAGACCCGGACACCUUUGAAGUACUGGAGCAGCGGGAUUUGAACCUGGUGGGGUCGGUCAACGUUCACAGAAUGGCUUUCGUCUGGGUAGCCAGGGAGGUUGACCAGAGGAACAGUACGCUCAACAGAGAGUCGCCGGCUACACCAGGUAUAUUCGCCAUCUCCAAAGCCUGGUUCUUUCACCUCGGCUUGUACGAUCCUUACCUGCAUACAUGGGGCGGGGAGAACAUCGAGAUGUCCUUUAAGGUGUGGAUGUGUGGCGGAGCCAUCUUGAUUACAUCAUGCUCGCAUGUGGCUCAUCUCUUCAGGAGCCGGAGCCCGGCUGUCACUGAUGAAAAUCUGGACAUCAAAAAUGGGGUCAGGGUCGCAGAGGUCUGGAUGGACCAGUACAAGCUGUAUGUGUAUGAGAAAUUUGCUUUCAGCAUCGGCUACUUCGGUGACGUCACUUCUCGCGUGAAACUGCGAGAGACUCUCAAGUGUCGCAGCUUCGACUGGUACCUGAAAAAUGUCAACACGGAAAUGUUGAGGGCAAUGGACGUCAGCAGCGUCUACUUUGGUCAGAUAACUAACACAGAAGCCGACAAAUGUUUGGAUGUUGUUUACAGUUCAAGAUCUUUAACACUUUCUACGUGUGAACUGUACACAUACACACAGGUGUGGAUGCUGAGGACAGAUGGACGACUGACCCACUCAGGUUUCUACCUGGCUGUCAGCGUGUACACCCAGGACGACUCGUCACAGACGUUUAAGCUCAAGCUUAAGAUCAACAGGGAUCAAUGGGCGGUGAACAAAAACCCGAACUACCUGUGGCGUUAUGAUCCUAUGAAAAAUCGCAUCGUGCACCAGGGCAGUGGUCUGUGUUUGGUAUCCGAGCAAGUGGUCAGCAAGACGGUCUUGCGACUCGCCAACUGCCUGGACACCACCACGUCAAAAAAGUGGAGUUUUCAAACGAGGAAGGAAAUGCGCGAAUCUUACAUCAAACACCACAAACAUUUACUGGAUAAAAGUGAACAACUGAGAUAGGAAAUUUCCAGGGUUUCUUUCAAAUAAUUUUUCUCAGUGAGGGUUGGGGGUGCACUGAAAAUGUCCAUGAGAGGGAGCGGCCGACACAGAAUAUAUUUUUCAUAUACUUUAUAGUUUUCCAUUUUGUAGUUGGGGGAGUGGGGGGGGGGGC